AUGGAUAAGACCUUUAUAAUUAUCCCAGCCGUUUUUGGGUCGAUGAUCUUGAUAUUUAUGAUUCUGAGUUUCUUGUGUAGAGGACGUGCAGGUUCUGGGAAAACGGAGUAUGGUAAUGGUCAUUUUGGAGGUGGUGGUUUUGUUGGUGGAGGCGUACAAGACAUAGGUGGCGGUGAUGAUGGUGCGGGGGCGCUUGAAGCUGGCUGGGGAUCAGGAGGAGAUGUUGGUGGAGGUGGAGGUGGAGGUUGUGGAGGAGGGGAUUUUGGAGGUGGCGGAGGAGGAGGGGGAGGUUUUGGCUGCGGAGGGGAUUUUGGAGGUAGUGGAGGAGGAGGGGGAGGUUGUGGCGGCGGAGGGGAUUUUGGAGGUGGUGGAGGAGGAGGGGGAGGUUGUGGCGGCGGCGGUGGAGCGGGAGGAGGAACUGAUGGUGGCUGUUGA